AUGCGUCUCUCGCUCCUCACCGCGGCCCUCGCGGCCUCUCCCGCCCUGGCCUACCCCGGCAUGAAGAGCACGCUCGGCGAGAUCCACGCCCGUGCCCGCGGCGGCAGGGGUAGCGGCGGCCGGCAGGCUUCCGACACGGAAGCCGACGAGCUCCUCGACUCCAACGAGCUGAUCGGCGACCUCAUCACCCUGGACGAGUCGCAGCUGACGCCCGUCGGCAAGCGCAUCAAGCACCUCAUCACGGGCAGCGAGAACCCCGAGAGCGACGAGACGUACCCGCGCGGCGCUUGGGGCGCCGUCCAGAUCCCGCAAAUGGGCUCGGCGGCCUGCGCCAAGGACACGUGCUGCAUCUGGAAGUACAUCGCCGACGACAUGGUCCGGGCCUUCCGCGGCAAGUCGGGCCGCUGCACCGACUUUGCCCGCGCCGCCGUGCGCCUGGGCUUCCACGACGCCGGCGGCUGGUCCAAGUCGACCGGCAACCUGGGCGGCGCCGACGGCUCGCUCGUGCUGGCGCCCGAGGAGAUCCUGCGCGGCGAGAACCGCGGGCUCGAGGAGAUCGUCGAGCUGACGCGCAAGUGGCACGACGCCUACAAGAAGUACGGCGUCGGCAUGGCCGACCUCGUCCAGUGGGGCGCCAACGUGGCCACGGUCGUGUGCCCGCUCGGCCCGCGCAUCCGCAGCUACGUCGGCCGCAAGGACUCGUCCGUCCCGGCCCCCCACGACCUGCUGCCGCCCGUGACCGGCUCGGCCGACUUCCUGAUCGAGCUGUUCGAGAACAAGACCAUCAAGCCGCACGGCCUGACGGCCCUGAUCGGCGCCCACACCACCAGCCAGCAGCGCUUCGUCGACCCCUCGCGCGCCGGCGACCCGCAGGACAGCACCCCUGGUGUCUGGGACGUCAAGUUCUACAAGGAGACGCUCGGCAGCGCGCCCGCGCGCGUCUUCAAGUUCGCCAGCGACAUCGUCCUGGCCAAGGACCCCCGCAUCAGCAAGGAGUUCAACGAGUUCGCGGGGCCCGGGGGUCAGGAGCACUGGAACGAGGACUACGCGCGCGAGUACAUCCGGCUCUCGCUCCUCGGCGUCUUCAACAUCAACGACCUGACCGAGUGCACAAAGGCCCUGCCCGGCCGCGUCGGCGCCUUCGUCGCCCCGGACCAGUCCAUCAUGGACAAGUACCUGGCCUCCAAGGUCAAGAUGGACGCCUACGCCGACACCCUGCGCAAGGGUGACGCCCUCGGCAGCCUGAUCAGCACCACCUGGGACUGGCUCAAGAGCGUGUUCGGCAACUGA